CCAAGUUCUGCCGUGAUGUCAUCUCCAGCUCCAGACUGCUGGGGCCUGUGCUGGCUGUGCUCCGAACAGUCUCAGCUGCUCAAGCCGGAGAACCGCCUUCCUUCCCAGACUCCUCGGUGUCUGGGGCGGGGUGAGGGGUUCUCAGGCAGGGCUUCCCCAUCCCCUUGCCUGCUGCUUAGACCCUGCUCUAGCUGCUGUUGCUCCUUCCCCAGCCACAGCCAUGAAACUAGCCAAGAGGACCAGGAACUCCAUGUGCCACGUGCAGCACCCAGACAAGGAGCCGUUGCCCUCGUGGCAGGAGAUCAAGCAGACCCCUGUCAUCAUGGCCAUGCUCAAAGGUCCGGGGCCUGCCAAGUACCUCCGGCCAUCCUGCACAGGCUACAUAAAUCAUGACAUCUCCAUGUUCAAGGCACCGGCUUAUACCCUUCAUACGCGGCACUCAGAGAAGCGGAUCGUGGAUCACAGCAGCCCUGGGCCUUGCUAUGUCUUGGAUCCCCAAAUAACUCGGUUCGGAAUGUCCAGCUGCCCGCAGGUCCCCAUGGUGGAGCGCAUCUCCAGCCUGCGCCUGAACCCCACCCUCGCGUCCUGCCAGUACUACUUUGAGAAGAUCCCACCACCUGGGGAACACAGGGCUCCCCAGUACACUUUUGGCUACCGGCGCCCGUACAGAGUGAUGGACCCCAACCCGGCCCCCAACCAGUACCAGCUGCCACUCUUGCUGGGGCCCAACAACCCCGUCAGCCAAGCUUCUCCCUGCUACAGUCUGGCCUCCAGGGACAAGAACUGGUUCUACAAGGAGGAUGUGGCAGGGGGCCCUGGACCUACCACGCACGCCCGGCCUGAGCCAUCCACCUAUCAGAGCCGCAGUCCUGUCUACAGCAUGGCCAAGCGCUUUGCCUACCCGCUGGACCACACACCGCGGCCUGGCCCUGGCUCCCACGAGGUCCAGCAGGUCACUGUGCACAAGCCCCAUGCCCCUGCCUUCACCAUGGGCAUCAAGCACUCACCCCACCUGUGCCCACUGGUCGUCGACAUUCGUGACUGAGGCCCCUCCUGGGGCAUUCACUGCCCCCCAUCCCCGGAAAUUAUUUUUCUGUACCAAAUUGAGCAACUUGACCAAGAUUUCUAGCAGCAGAGCUGGUGCCUGCUGAUGUCCGGCACAUAGAAGGCAUUAGAGAUAUAUUUUCAA